AUGGUAAUAUCAUCACCAGGAUAUCUUGGUGAUAUUAAAAAAAUAUCGCAAGAAUAUCCAGAUUGUAUAGGUCCAAACUUCAAGUGGCCUAAUUCAAUGAAUGAUCUUGACAGAGAAACUGCUUUCUUUUAUAUAGCAGAUGAUAGUGCUUUAGAAUUUGAUGAUGAAACAGGAUUUAAUAUGAUCUUCUUCUUUGAUAAUAUAGACAAAGAUACAUUUAAUGAGGAUAGUAAAGAAUUAGUAAAUCUUGAAGAUAAAAUGCCAGGUUACCAAUAG